CUUUUUUUUUUAAGAACCAUUUCCUUUCCGUUUUAACCAUAUUACUGUGUCUGCAGUUUGUCAGCAGAGCAGCUUUCCUUUUUGAUAAUUUAGAAGUGUACCUUCGUCUUUGAAAAAAGACAUGCUUGAUCAGGUAGUUCAAUUUUAAGAUGUUUUACUUAGAAGAUGAUAGUGAAGAUGAGGAGGAGGUUCAUGAAGGCUCGUUAAGUAAAACUGAAGAUAUUUACCAUGGAAAGGCCCCUGCUGGUAUCCUGUCUCAAACCAUGAAUUAUAUGGGACAGCUGGCCGGGCAGGUGAUUGUCACUGUGAAGGAGCUCUACAAGGGCAUUAACCAAGCCACCCUGUCUGGGUGCAUCGAUGUCAUUGUGGUCCGGCAGCAGGAUGGCACCUAUCAGUGUUCGCCUUUUCACGUUCGGUUUGGGAAGCUGGGAGUCCUGAGAUCCAAAGAGAAGGUGAUUGAUAUAGAAAUCAAUGGCGAUGCAGUGGAUCUUCACAUGAAAUUGGGUGACAAUGGAGAAGCUUUCUUUGUGGAAGAGACUGAAGAGGAAUUUGAAAAACUUCCCGCUUACCUUGCCACUUCACCAAUUCCUACUGAAGAUCAGUUCUUUAAAGAUAUUGACUCCCUUUUGGUGAAAUCAGGUGGAAAUGAAAGACCGUCUCAGAGUUCCGACAUCUCACAAAUCUUGGAAACAGAGACAGUGUUCACUCCAAGUUCUGUGAAAAAGAAAAAACGAAGGAGAAAAAAAUGCAAACCUGACAGUAAGAAGGAAGACCAGGCUGCUUCCCCUGCUGCAGACGACGCCGUGGAUGUGGAGCUGAGCUCUGACGAUGACAAGGGGGCCCAUUCAGCAAGAGGAUCUUCAAAUGCUUCCUUAAAGGAAGAAGAAUAUAAGGAGCCUCUGUUCUACCAUUCUGGAGAUCAUUACCCCUUAUCUGAUGGCGAUUGGUCCCCUUUGGACAACCCCUAUUCCCCGGCAGCGUGUCCUAAGAGCGAUUCAGAGCUGGAGGUAAAACCCACUGACAGCCUGCUCAGAUCCGAGUCCCACAUGGAGUGGACGUGGGGCGGAUUCCCAGAGUCCACCAAGGUCAGCAAAAGAGAGAGAUCUGAACUUCCUAGGACAGCUACAAUUACACCAUCAGAAAAUACCCAUUUUCGGGUAAUUCCCAAUGAGGACAACCUCAUAGGUGACGCUGAGAAGGAUGCUUCCAUGGGAGAAAUGGUCUGUACCAUCGUGAAACCCAAACCCAGAGCCCUGUGUAAGCAGAUGAGCGAUGCAACUUCCACUGCAGAACUUCUGGAGCCUCCCCUUGAGCCUCAGGUUUCAUCUAUGUUAGACGCAGACCACCUUCCUAACCCGCCGUUAGUGGAAGUUCCCUCCGAAUCGAAACCAACAGCUAAAGUUGACUCGCCGUCAAAGAAAAAAGGUGUGCAUAAGAGAAGCCAGCACCUGGGACCUGAUGACAUUUACCUUGAUGACUUAAAUGCCCUAGAACCUGAAGUUGCAGCUCUCUAUUUCCCUAAAAGUGAAUCGGACCCCAGCUCCAGGCAGUGGCCUGAGUCUGACACACUCUCUGGCUCCCAGUCCCCACAGUCAGUGGGAAGUGCAGCUGCUGAUAGUGGAACCGAGUGCCUCUCGGAUUCUGCCAUGGACUUGCCCGACGUCACUCUCUCCCUUUGUGGGGGCCUCAGUGAGAAUGGAGAAAUUUCUAAAGAAAAAUUCAUGGAGCAUCUCAUUACUUAUCAUGAAUUUGCAGAGAACCCUGGACUUAUAGACAAUCCUAACCUUGUAAUACGGAUAUACAAUCGUUACUAUAACUGGGCUUUGGCGGCUCCCAUGAUACUUAGCUUGCAAGUAUUCCAGAAGAGUUUGCCUAAGGCUACGGUGGAGUCCUGGGUCAAAGAUAAGAUGCCAAAGAAAUCUGGUCGCUGGUGGUUUUGGCGUAAGAGAGAAAGCAUGAUCAAACAGCUGCCAGAGGCCAAGGAAGGGAAAUCUGAGGUGCCAUCAACUAGUGACCUGCUGUCCAGCGCAAAGGAGCCAGCCAGUGGCAGGAUGGCCGAGGAUGAUUCAUCCAGUGAUGAGGGGUCACAGGAGCUUGAAGAAUCAAUCAAAGCAGACCCCGUCCCCAUGGAGCCCCCGAGCCACAGCAGCACAACCUCGUAUAAGAAGUCUCUUCGCCUCUCCUCGGACCAGAUCGCAAAACUAAAGCUUCAAGAUGGCCCAAAUGAUGUUGUGUUUAGUAUUACAACCCAGUAUCAAGGGACUUGCCGCUGUGCAGGGACCAUUUACCUGUGGAACUGGAAUGACAAGAUCAUCAUUUCCGACAUUGACGGCACAAUAACCAAGUCUGAUGCUUUGGGACAGAUUCUUCCACAGCUGGGUAAAGACUGGACUCAUCAGGGUAUCGCAAAGCUCUACCAUUCUAUCAAUGAGAACGGCUACAAGUUUCUGUACUGCUCCGCGCGUGCCAUCGGCAUGGCCGACAUGACCCGUGGCUACCUGCACUGGGUCAAUGACAAGGGCACUAUCUUGCCCCGAGGCCCUCUGAUGUUGUCCCCCAGCAGCUUGUUCUCCGCCUUCCACAGGGAAGUGAUAGAAAAGAAACCAGAGAAAUUCAAAAUUGAGUGUCUAAACGACAUCAAGAAUCUGUUUGCCCCAUCCAAGCAGCCCUUCUAUGCUGCCUUUGGAAACCGUCCGAAUGAUGUAUAUGCUUACACCCAAGUUGGAGUUCCAGACUGCAGAAUAUUCACCGUGAACCCCAAGGGUGAAUUAAUACAAGAAAGGACCAAAGGAAACAAGUCAUCGUAUCACAGACUGAGCGAGCUUGUGGAGCAUGUGUUCCCACUUCUCAACAAGGAACAGAAUUCUGCCUUUCCAUGCCCGGAGUUCAGUUCCUUCUGCUACUGGCGAGACCCAAUCCCCAAAGUGGACCUGGAUGACCUGGCCUGAGGCGGCACCUCCUGGGGGAGGUCCUCAGUCACUCGCCUUGCAGCAAGGGAAGGUGACCGGCACUUCUGCUGGACAGAGGACACUGGGCUUCCCUCCCAGCCACAGGUGCGGGACAAGACCCAUGUUGACAGCCAGGCACCAGCAGAGACUGGGAGAGCUCCUGGAGCUGGAACUGCCAUCUCCUUCACCCUCCUGCUCCAUGAGGUUGCAACUCCGUGCCCUAGCGGAGAAGUGAGGGGAGCUUGGACCUGAGGUUGGAGGCCUGGGCUCCUGUCACAGGUCGUUCCUCACACACACUCUGUGUAGAGUUGUGUGCUGGGUGCUCCUUUAAUUGCAUAAUUUAAAAGGAAGAAAAGCUAAGUAAGAG